AUGAAUCCCGAUCGACGAGCCGACAAGUCCGCAGAGCCCGGGGGGUCCUCCAGCCGCCGCGAUGCAGGCUCGCCCGAUGGCUACAAACCCCGGCGAGGUACUGGCCCAGGCUAUAUGACGGUGGGUGGGUCGUCGACACCCGAAGCCGCCGCCCGCCUUGUGUCGAUGCUAGACGAUGACUCUGGCUAUGGAGGAAGCCUGGUAGACGGAGAGACGAGUUGGCGGUCGCGCAUUGGCGAGGAUAGACCGUCGCAAUCACCCACACCCAUCCUACCCGGCGAGCCCAACUCCUCCGAACAUGAGAAGCAACGCAGCCAUGUUCUUCAGCUACGAUACAACCAGAACAAGAAUGCCCUUGGCCGGGCCAUCCACGGUACUAUCGACACGCUGAAAAGCUUCCAGGAGAUGAACUUGAAAUGGCCAGCACACUACCCUUCAGUGCAGACCGAAACACAGAAAGCACAUGCUCAUAGCGAUCCCAGGCCUGGGCUACAUCAUACUCAAUCCUCCCUCGGCGACGCUGAUCCCAUUCUGCGCUCUCCGGACCGACCACGACCACCACGACGCGCCGGUACAACCAUCGGGGACGAUCCCAUCGCAGAGUCGAGUUCCGCGGCUCCGAAGGAGAAGAAGGAAGAGCCUCGACUGGUGACGCCGAAACUGGCCCACGACUUUUCAGUUUUGAAACUAGAGCUACGCAUGGGCGGCCGCACACAGACAGAUUUAGUACAUUCUCUCGAAAAGAGCUCAAUUGCGUCUUUGCUCGAUGGUCAGAUUCAACAAAGUAUACGCCAUCUGUACGCCAUCAAAGACCGCAUCGAAGACACUUCAAGUAAGGUCCUCGUGACCGGAGAUCUCAAUGCUGGCAAGUCCACCUUCUGCAACGCUCUCCUCCGACGCAAGGUCCUACCAGAAGACCAGCAACCCUGCACAAGCAUAUUUUGCGAGGUCCUCGACUUUCGGGAGAAUGGCGGAGUGGAAGAGGUCCACGCUGUUCCAAUCGGCUCCACGUACAAACGCCACGACGAAAGCACAUACACUGUAUUCGACCUGAAAGAUCUAGAGAAGAUUGUCGUCGACAACGCGCAUUUCUCACAGUGCAAGGUGUACAUCAAAGACAUUCGAGAUGUGGACGAAUCCAUUCUCAACAAUGGAGUUGUCGAUAUCGCACUCAUUGACGCACCUGGGCUAAAUGCCGACUCGCUCAAGACUACGGCUGUGUUCGCUCGCCAAGAGGAAAUCGACGUUGUAGUCUUCGUUGUUUCUGCGGCGAAUCACUUCACCGAGUCCGCAAAGAACUUCAUCUUUAGUGCAGCCCGGGAGAAGGCCUAUAUGUUCAUGGUGGUCAACGGCUUUGACGCUAUUCGCGACCAGCAACGUUGCCAGGAGAUGAUUCUCAAGCAAGUUCAUGGAUUGAGCCCUGCAACCUUCAAAGAGUCUAGUGAAUUGGUGCACUUUGUCUCCAGUAACGCUAUACCUAUGCAAGGAAGCUCGCCACCGGGAGACGAUGGCGACGAUGAUCCAUCAGACGGCGGGAAAGGCAAGGGCAAAGAGGCAGAGAAGAUGCGUGACUUCGCAGACCUUGAGGCAUCGCUCCGACGUUUUGUGCUAGAGAAGAGGGCGAGGUCGAAACUGGCUCCUGCGAAGACCUAUCUUCUGAACGUACUCGGAGACAUGAACAAUCUCGCUACAGUCAAUCGAGAUGUAUCCCAGGCCGAGCUGGACCGUGUGAGAAAAGAAAUCGACACACUUGAACCAGAAUUCGAAGAGUCUAAAAAGUCGCGAACCGAAGCUGGAGAGGCUGUAGAUCGAAUGGUAGAAGACACAACGUCCGACGUCUACGGCUACACACGGGAUACACUCAACAACUCUAUUGCGAAGGUCGGAGAGCAAGACUUGGGCAUCGAAUACCCUGGCCUGUUCUCUGCCUACCAGUAUGCCGAAGACAUCAGAGACUCCAUGCUCCACGAAGUCACCGAAACUGUUCGCUUGUGCGAGGAGCAUGCACGAACUCAGGCUGUCCAAGGCUACAACGGCAUCAAGAACUUGGGCGUGUUACAUCUUGGAAACAAUUUGUAUGCUGACGUCAUGUUCCGCCCAGAGAGGAUGUUCAGAAAGUCGGUACACGCUCUUGCCAGGCAAGUCGACAUCGAUAUCGAGUUGUGGGACUUCUUCGACGUAGCCAGUUUGUGGGAACGACAAGAGAAGGUCGCUGGUACCGGCAUGGCUGUUACGGUUGCAGGCGUGGUUGGCGGCAGGUUAGUUGGCGGCGUUGGAUGGCUUGACGGUGCACUCGGUGCUGCAAAGAUCAUGGGCUCGAACAAUAUGAAGAGGCUAUUGAUCCCUGGCCUUAUCGCAGGUGUUGCUAUCGGGGUUUCUUAUAUCCUAGCAUCGGUACCCAAGUCUCUACCCCACCGACUGAGCGCGAAGCUGUCUCAACAGCUCGCAUCUAUCGACUAUACCCACCAGAACGCCCUGCGCAUCAGCUCAGAGAUCCGACGCGCGCUCAAGGGCCCUGCUAAUGACGUUCGUAUUGGUCUGCAGAGGAACGUCGAGAAGCUCCAACUCAAGAAGGAGGAGACGAGCAAGAUCAAAAUGGAGACGGAAGUAGCCCGGAAAUACUUCGGUAAUCUUGUGCGUAGCAGCAACGAUUUGCGCCAGACAGUGCAACGUGUGGAUUUGGAAGCCGCACCACCGGCAGCCAUUGCCAUUCGCCGCGAUCCACGAAGUUUCCUCUUCUUCAUAAUACUACUGCUCCUCAUCAACUCGCCCGAACCGCAACAGCCCUCGUUUAACGCGCGAGCGCGAUACGAUGAGCUGAUUGAGCGCGAAUAUAAUCAGCUCGAUGUUCUGAAUAGGACCAAAUUUGGCGAUUUCGACGCAAAGAAAGAUCAGUGGCUAAAUAUUACGGGGUUGAAGGAUGAGGAUGGGUUCGCGUGGGAGUUGCUGGACCCAGUGAAGCAAAAGGCGAAGGAACAGUCGGAGAGGCUACUGGGAGAAAGAUGGAAAACAAUCCUUGAUGGAUCACUGGCAGAUGAAGACCACGGCAUUCCGGUGUACAAGAAUCUCUCUGGGUACGUGCAGGGUGAAUGGGUACGCUCUCCGCUCAGUCGAGUACGGCAUCCCAGCGAUAUGGGCAACUCGUCCAUGGUCCCAGACAAUCCGUUUGCACACUUGGGGGAUUUCGACAGGAACCUGACGGGUACGGGUGGGCCGUUAAGACUACACUUCACCGAGCUAGAGGACAAGAUGCGUAGAAACAAAGACAAGACUGUGUCCGAGAUCGGCGCCAAGGUGGUGAUAGGGGACAACGACAGCUUUGGGGGUAACUGGUGGGAGUUUGUGGCACAUGGGGUACACUUUCUGAAAAGUGGUACGAUGGUUUUGACUACAACAAGCGAUCGAUAUGCCGGUAUCUUCGCUCUACCACACCUGCAGAUCUCCCAGCACCACUACUCGACCUCGCAGGAGUUUCUGAACUGGACGAUACAUCAGACUAUACAACGGCAGGAGGGUCGAGUGUUUCCGCUUUGGAACCCCUGGACAUCUUCAGCCGAAGGGUCCAAUGAGGGCUUGUUCCAAGGGCAUCAUUGCGAGUUUGUACUCUAUUUACAGGAGGUUCCAAGUCAACUCAACGUCGACAUGGACUGGCUCGAGCAUGAAAUGCGGUAUCCCACUGGCGCUCCGGCAACUCAGCAUGCUCAAUUUGCAAUGUCUAUGGUCGGCUUCUCCCCAGACUGUGGCUUCGUCAUUGAGUCGAAGGGACCUCCAGCCUAUUCUCCCUCUGAAGCUACGCAUCUUGUUGGGUCAAAAACAGAGGACUUCAAUGUACGGGCAAGACAUAGCGUUGUAGCUUUCGCCAUCGCCCUUGCCUUUCAACUAUCGUUUCUUAUCAAGCAGAUGAAGGAGACUGCAACACCGUCAAUGCGUAGCCGGGUCAGUUUCUACACCAUUGCCAUGAUGGCACUAGGAGAUGGCUUCACGUUCUUGAUUCUCAUCUUCAUGUAUCUGUUUCUGAGCACAUCGCAGCUCGCCCUAUACAGCAUCGCAUUCAUAGCAUUGUUCUCGGUACUUACACACCUCCGCUUUUUGAUGGAUAUCUGGUCCGUCCAGGCAGCAGAACGAGCGCGAAUAGAUAGACAACAGGCAUCACCAGCGCCCUCUCCAGUUGCUCAGCCUGCUGCAAGCCUAUCAACUCCAGCACCUCCCUCGAACGAUGAGGGUUUGCCUCUCCCAGCGACUGCUCCUAGCCCACGCCCUCCUACACCCAUCAUCAUCGCACCCGAUCAAGAUGAGCCGUUGGAAGACGCAACGCCGACGCCAAAUAAUACUACCACCAACACCAAUCCUCGAGCCGAGCUCGGCGCCCUCUAUAGUCGCUUUUGCCUCCUCCUGAUCGUCAUCUUCUUCGUAACGAUCCAGUUCGCCACCGCCCGCACUGCAUAUCGCAACGUCUACUUCAGCACGAUUUCGUUCCUCUACCUCUCCUUCUGGGUGCCACAGAUCUACCGGAACGUCAUGCGUAAUUGCCGGAAAGCGUUGCGCUGGGACUACAUCGCUGGGACUUCUAUCGUUCGACUCGCACCUGUCGCGUAUUUCUACCUAAAAGAGGAUAAUGUGCUAUUCUCGAAGACGGAUUGGACGGAAUUUGCAGUGCUAAUAGGUUGGGUGUGGGUGCAGAUUGUCGCACUGGCCAGUCAGGAGGUGCUGGGUCCAAGGUUCCUUGUGAAAGAAGGAUGGGCACCACCAGCGUAUGAUUAUCAUCCCAUCUUGAGGGAGGAUGAGGAGGGUGCUACGAUGCCUCUGAAUAUAAACACUUCGACCUCCACCGACUCUCCCUCCACGGCAGCCCUCGACACGUCAUCCUCGUCGGCAGAAGAAUCUACCAAGGCGUUCGGAGAGUCCAAGAGCAAAGGCAAAAGGGUCUUCGACUGCAGUAUCUGCGCGCAGGACAUUGAAGUGCCCGUCAUUCCGGCAGGGGCCGAUGAGAGCAGCGUGGCAGGCAUGGGCAGCACGAGUAUGAUCUUACAGAGAAGACAGUACAUGGUCACGCCGUGUAGACAUGUCUUUCAUACAGGGUGUCUGGAGGGGUGGCUGCGCUAUAGACUGCAGUGUCCCAAUUGUAGAGAGUCACUUCCGCCAUUGUAG